CUUCAAAGGAGAAGGAGGGGCUACACGUUUUGCAGCAGCUGGAAAGAAAAGAACUAAAGAAAUGAGCACAGAGGCAAGAGUUCCAGACUCCUCAGUGCUGGACGAUUCUCUGGAAGAAUCAGGAGCUUCUCCAAUCAUUCCAAUCAUUAAAUAUUCGCCUAUAAGAUUAACCCCAGCUGCUGCUGCCUGUAAUAUUUCAUUAAGCUACGAGGAGGACAUUCAAAAGAACGACACCAUAACAAAAACUCACAAAAAAGAUAUCGUCACAGAAUCUCCAGUCUCGUCUCCUCCUCCUUCUCUCUCCCCAAAACUCAAAAUUGUUCCUUGUUUUGGAAAGAAAGGAAAAGGAACAACCACAUCAGCAAAGAAACGACCUCCGCUGAAAGCAAAAUCUCCCCCGCCUCCUCCUCCUCCAUCUUGCUCCUCUUCACAAGAAGAAACCUCAAACGGAGUCAAGUCAUUAUCAGUGCAAAGUGACAAUAUGUCAGCUAGAGAGGGUUCUCCAUCCCAACCUUUAAAACCUGGAGACGACGCCUCAGUUGAAGCAAGAGCGCCACCUACCAUACCUACAAUUAGUGAAGUAUUGGAGGAAACUGAUUCUACUGCUAAGGUAAGGAAAGGUAGGAAGAAAAUGGCUGAGUUUAAGGAGAAGGGAGUGUCUUUGAAAAUAAAGGAUACAAAAAAUGCCAACAAAAUUGGAAAAGUUGCUAAAAAGGUUGAGAAAAUUAUCAAAGAAGUGGAGAAAGAUGGAGCAGCUGGAAGAAAUAAGAACAGUGCUACUAGCAAGAAGAAAGGAGCUCAAAAAGCAAAGAAGAUUUCAGGAACUGAUAAAGCUACAGAAGAAAAGACUCUAAAAGUAACAGAAACCCCUCUCCAAGAAAUGAACAAUGAAGAACAAAAUGAAGAAGAGAAAGAAAGAGCUAAAAGAGAGUUGGAAGAAUUUCUAAAGGAAGAAGAGAAACUAGAUCAGAAGAUACAAGCAGAGAGAAAGCGACUGAGCCAGACAAACAAUUCCAUCAAAUCAAAGACGUCAAAGAAGUGCACUGUGUCAACUAAAACUGAAUCAAUAAUCAGUACAAGUCCUGAUCAGCUUAACACUACACCUCCUUUUUACAUGACGCAAAGUCAGCCAUCUUCUGAGUCAUACUCAAGUGAAGAAUUUCUACCAUCUCCCAAGAGCAAGCAAAAUGAUGAGAGUGCCUCACCACCCAGUAACAAAGAGAAGGAAAAUGAUGGGAUAUGGGUACAGUGUGAUAAUCCUGAUUGUUUGAAGUGGAGGUUCUUGAUUAACGUCAAAGAUCCAAUGGACUUACCUGACAAAUGGUAUUGUGAUAUGAAUAAAGACUCCAAGUACAACAGCUGCAUUAUAGAAGAGGAGAAGUGGUCAAGUUUAGAUACUGAUGAGGUCUAUGUGUACUCUCCUUACACACCUGGAUCACUCCUUCUUGCAAAACUCGAAGGAUAUCCAUGGUGGCCUGGUAUAAUAGAAGCUGAUCCUGACACUGAUACCUACUAUGAAGCAAAGAAUGAAAAAGGCGGAAAACCUUCACCAGCUACACCUAAGAAGUAUCAUGUUGUCUUUAUUGAUACACCAGUAUCAAGGAGUUGGAUCCAUGCACUAAACACUGCUCCAUUUACUUGUACCACUACUUUAAAGGACUGUGGAUCAAAUAUUCUGUUGAAGUAUCAAGCUAGUCUUUCUACAGCAAUGUCGUAGGCAAAAUCUGCUUUGAGUCUACCACUAAAUGAGAGAUUGUCUCAGUGGGGUUUCAUGUCCCGAUAUAAUAAAGGUCGUAAGAGAAAAGGCAGCUCAAAUCAAGGCAAGAGGAAAGCCUUCAAAAAGACCAACUGCUAAACUGUCUAAGAAAAACGAUGAAAUAGCUCCAUGAAGAACACAUCUUGUAUACAUUAUUCACCCAGCAUUAAUCACUUAUAACUAUAUCAGAAUUAAUCACUUCAUAUUAGAUCUAUUAUAGCUGGUCUAUUAUUGUUAUUGUAUUUAUUCAGCAUGAUCACUAUUGUA